GUGAUACAAAAAAAUGAAUCCUAACUUUCCAACGCAAACAUCAAAUCUGUUCAAUGUUAUUCCACAACAAUCACCUCAAGUUGGGGAAGAAACUUCAGCGCUGAGUUUUCCACAGACGAGCUUGACUAAAGCUCAGCGUCGUAUGCUUGGAGAAAGUGAAGCAGCUAGAGUCAAAAGGCUUGCUAAAAACGCCGAAAGAAUGCGACAAAAACGGGCAUUGGAAACAUUUGAUGAGUACAAACUUAGACUAGCUAAAAAUGCAGAGAGUAACCGAAAAAGAAGACAAAAUGAAACUGAAGCCGAGCGAUCAUUGCGGCAUAUGCGAAACGCUAUGAGGCAAAGAUUAAGGAGAGCAAUGGAGACGCCAGAGCAAAAAGAAAUUCGAAAAGCAAGAUUAGCACAGCGUAUGCGAGAUGUUAGAGCUAACGAAACGCCUGAACAGCGCAAACUUCGUUUAGAAAAAGGAGCAGCAAGAGCACGCCACAAAUUUUUAUCAGAAACGUCUGAAGAAAGAGCAGAGCGGAAUCGAAAAAAGGCUGAAUAUGCGCGUACAUUUCGAAAUGCUAAAAAUCCACAAAUUAAAAAUUUGGUCAAUAAGAAUGUUAUUCAAAACACAGAUAUCAAAACCGAGCAAUCAGUUAGCAAUUCAACUAGGCAUCAUACGCAAACCACCGAUUCCGUGUGCAAUGAACAGUCCUUUUCACAAGUGAAAAACUACCCUAUUAGUUACAGCGACUUUGGUGUAACUUUUCCGACUUUUUUAAAUUAUCCGCACCUCAAAAAUGGACAUCACAAUGCUUACACACCAGUGUAUUCAUCCCAAACGUAUUACCCCGAGUUAUGCGUUUCAUCACAUCUAAAAAGUGACCGUAUUCCCCACUUUACAUCUAGAGAUUCAGAAUGUUUACAAUCAUACAUUCCUACGUUGAAGGACACGUCGCAAAAGGAUUGAUUUGAUUUCCACAUGAGUCUCGAGAGUGAGGUUUUCUCUUUUGCUCUACCGGAAGAGGAUGCCUGUGUUAGUGAGGCAUUUUGCUUCAAACACCUGGAGUAUUAGGACAGCCAUUGCUGCGGACAUAUUGGGAUUCGUUUUCUAAUUUUUCGGAUUCAAGCACCAGCAUCCUAAAUUCGAAGUCUGCUAGUUGUGAUAUGAUAAGCGCCUGGGAUUGCAAUGCAAAGUAUAACCGCUUUCACCGGGAAUGGUAAGCGUAAGCCAUCCCUCGCUGUUCCUGAAAUAAAUCCUGUGUGGCGUAUCUAUGAUAUUGUUUCUACUGGUUUCAGGUUUUAUACACUAACAUUAUUUAU